UUCUUGUUCAAUUCCAACAUACGCGGAAUUGAAGUGAAAGAUCUCAUAGGUGAAAUUGAUACGGUAACGAGAGACUGUAUAGUUUACGAUAUCGGUGUUAAUCGUUUUAUAUGAAAAACAAAAUGGCCGUCCCUUGGGCCCUUUUUUUAAUUGGAAUUGUGUCAGCUGCAGUUGAAAACUGUCAUGGAGCACAAUACUUCGGAAAACUGAUAGGAAAACUUUCUGAAUUACAUCACGGCGUGUCUGGCGAAGUUUACGCCGUUGAUGCGAGGACAUUGUUUAUUAAAGAUUUCACAUAUGACGGACAAGGACCUGCUGCCUACUUUUACGCUAGUGUGCAUAAAACAGCUGACAAAAACGGCUUCCGUUUAAGAGACGAAACCGGAAGUGGCGCAGUCAUAAGAAGAUAUCGAAAAGAGGGAAUCGCUCUCACGCUGCCGGAAGGAAAAACCAUACACAACAUUAAGAUAUUCUAUUUGUGGUGCGAAGAAUUCGACGUCAAUUUUGGAGAUGUUAAAAUCCCCAGAAAUUUCGAUUAUCCACGGCCGCAGAAAAUUGAUCCACUCACAGGUGUUCAUGCUGUCUCAUCAGACAAUGUUGUCAUCGUUGAUGCUCAAACUUUAUUGAUACCCAAUUUUUCUUAUGACGGAGAAGCGCCAGAUGCCAAAUUUUGGGUAGGAAAAGGUAGUCGACCGACACCCCAAGGAUAUCGUGUACCAGAUGAAAAUGGCAAAGAAAGUCCGCUAAGAAAAUAUGAUAGAAAAACUAUAGUACUGACUCUGCCAGGAGAUUUAACAGUCUUCGAUAUCGGUCAUUUUGGAGUAUGGUGUGAAGAGUUUACCGUUGAUUUUGGCCAUAUAUUGAUACCACAAAUUCUUAAUAUUCCACCAUCUUUAAAAAUGCUCGGUAUCAGUCCACAGAAGCUACAGCAGACAGAUGAAUCAAAAUCACCCAGACCAACAGUGUCGCACUCGAGACCAUUUGUCGGGGGACACUUGCAGGCUACCACGUACCGUCCACCAUUACUGUCUUUCUUUGGAAUCGGAAGAAGAAACGAUAACAACCAUCAAAGCACUGUGAAUCAUGUUCCUGGACAAUUGGAAAAUAUACCAUUGAAACAAAACCAUCAAUUGAAUAAUGAAGAAUUAAUAAAAGCACAGUAUCAACCGCUGAACUUCCAAUUAACACAUCAGAAUCAUCAAAACCAAAUUAAUAAUCAGCAACAGAUUCAAAGCCCGUUCAUUAAUCAAAAUAGUCAGUUUCAACAGACUUAUCAACAACAUAGAUUUAAUCAGCCACAACAUUCACAGUACCAACAACUAAAACCAUAUAAUAAUUAUAAUGGACGAAAUAUUGAUAUCCAGCAAUCCAUUUCUCAUCAAAUAUUACCCGAUCCAAGACAAGUAUAUCAAGUACAACAAGCUGCCCAAUAUAGCAAUCCACAGAUAAAUUUCCAGCAGUAUCUGAGAAACGGCAGGCAGUACGAUGAACAAUUUGUUUAUGACCGUAUAUUACAAGAGAAAAGGUUGCGUGACGAACAACAGCUGCAAGCACAAUUAGACAGACAGUAUAAUAGAUUUCAAUUUAAUGGUUAUAAUCAGUUAGGUUAGACAUCGCGGUUCUGUACAACCAUCAUUUUUAUGUAUUUUUUCUGAGUUUUAAGUAAAAAACCAUUUGAUUAUAUUAGUAUGGUUUCAAAGACCAUGUUAUCAUACAUUUGCGUGCAUGGGAAUCGGCCCAAUGUGACCUUUUUUAAUUAUUCAUUAGUUGAAAAAAUAUUUUGUUUGAGAGCCAAUCUAAUAUGCUUUAAUGUGAGCUCAAAUUUCCUACGUUUAACAAAAUGAAAUUAAUUAAAACUUAAUAUUUAAUUUCUUAAUAAUGAGUAUGACUUUCUCUUGCCCUUUCACAGACGAUAAGGCACAGUUCUAAUCAAGUUACCCAUUGUUUCUUGUGGGAUGUUGAACUUAACUUUUACUACUGCUACAAUAAGCUCUGGGAUCGAUUUUGGGGUAUGAAGUCUAUCUCGAAUUCUUCUUUUUAGCUUAUCCCAUGAAUGUUCUAUCGAAUUUAGCUCAAGACUGUAUGUUGGCCACACAAUAAGCCGAAAACCGUCUCCUGCAAUGUAAUCUGGCGAAGUGUAGCCUUGCGUUGUCAAGCAUAAAGGUAAAUACGUGACCAAUGUACUCGACGUAAGGGUACCACAUGAAUUGCUAAAAUCUCCUCGAUAUAUCUAUCAGCCGUUAAACCUCUUCUUGCGUGAACACUAAUGAACACAGGGUCAGUCCGUGCUCCUAUAGAGGUUUCACCUCAGAUCAUGCGGGAACCACAUAAGCACACCUCUCUUCAAAGCAACUAUCUGCGAAUCGAUCUCUUGAUCUUUGGUAAGCUUUUCGUCUUCGGUUGCUACCAUGAAGGCAUAUAUACAUGAAUUUGCCUUUUUUAUCCCUAAAUGUAUUAAAAAAGAAAAAAUCGGAUGGUUCUAUUAAAAAAAAUUUGAUAUUUAAGAAUUUAAACUUUGAACACUCUUUAUACACACCCUGUGUAAAAUGAAACAUUUUCAACAUAGUCUGACCUUGCUAAAAGCAACCGAAUAGAAACCAUUCUCAUAUCUUUAAGGGUAUUCUCGUAAGAAAAUAAUUUAUAAAGGUCUGCAGGGGUCAAAUUUUUUACAAAAAAAUCAAUAAAUCAAAAAGUAUGUAUUUUUCGAUAAAACUUUUCAGAUAAAGUAUACUAAAAUUUUACGUAGGUUUUAAAAAUAUAUUAAUAUAUAGGGUGAUCUAUCUAAUUUUCAUGAUUUUACUAUAUGUAUUUUGCCAUAUACAGAUAGUUUUAACUCGUCCUGCGACACUCUGUAUAGCAUGCAACACUACCAUAAUAUCGAUUUGACUACAAAACUUUUCAAAAUUUAUUAAAAUUAUGCAAGUAGCUUCCAUUUAAAUCGAUUGGUUCUGUACUAAAAACUCAUUUAGUAUAAUGCAAAUAUAUUUAUUUUGUAUAGUUAUAAAAGCAAAUAUUGAAAGUCAGUUUUUUGAGCUGUACCUAAUUUAAUUUUAUUUAUAUCGUCAUAAAUGUAGAAUGCUAAUUCAAAAAAGUUCCAUGCUACUUUCUAUUUAUACCACACUUUACUCUGUUGGGACGUUACAAAUUUUGUAAUCAAUAUUUAACUAACCUCCCUUUAACCAAUUAACUUGAAAUUUUGUAUGUUCACUUAAUACCGAUGACAAUACAAAAUACCAUUUCAAAAUCUACGAUUAAAUCAACCCUAUAAGUGUUCUAUAAAAAAUGGCUUCACUGAUCCGCACCGUGCGGAUAACUCGAAUCCCCUCAUCGGCAAACCCAGCGUCAUUGCUCCGAGAGACUUCCACGAUGUGAUUCUCCAUAUUCUGAUAUGUUCUUGGAAAUAUUCGCUUUUUAUAUAUUUCGGCAUUUUCUUUCUCUUCUGAGAACACACACACAGUUACGAAUGCGAUUAAUGCCGAUGAUGUUGACGCAUUUUGAAAAAUUUAUCUGUUUGAUACGAUGCGAAAUCAUAGACGCUGAGAUUAAUGCCUCGAUUUCCCUCACGAUUGCUAGUCGUCGACGACUACGACCCUAAGGCCGCCGUUAUACAUCCAGGCGACAAGUGUCAGACAGCAGACGAUGGGAGUUUAAGUGAUUGAGGUGAUAACUACUGCUUAUGGAUGAAAUAUUUAUCGUUUGGGCGUGGUGUUUAUCAAGAUGUCGUAUAGAAAGCGUCAAGCAAUUUUAUUAUUAGACAGACGAAAAAAUGAAAAGUGUAAUGUCCGCCGUAUCAAAAAGUCCCUUAUCCCUCUAUCGGGAUAUUAGAAGCCGCCCUAAAAGGUUUUUCCAGUUUAUACGGACGUCUAUAAGAAACUUUGAUAUCAUUUUAUCAAAAAUCAAUAGAAAUCUAGAGCGAAAAAUAACCUGCAAGAUGCCGCCAAGGUUUUCUGUAAGGAAAAUAAAUAUAACAAAGGUUUCAUUUUAUGAAAAGAGUGGCUACAACCUGACAGUACAAAAACGUCAGACGCGACACACUUAAAAAACCAAUUUGGUUGCGUUCCAUUUCACUAACACCCUCCCUUGGGACGCAACCCCAUCUUCAUUACACAAUACAAAUGUGUAGUAUUGCCCUUAGUUAAAUUAUCAGCAAUCAUUUCCUCGCCCUUAAUAUAACAAAACUUUAUCUUCAAAUUAUUAACAUGAUCUUUGAGAAAAUAAUAACGCAUGUCAAUAUGUCUUGACCUAGGUAAGCAGCAAUCAUUAUUGGACAAUUAUUGCACUCGGGUUAUCACUAAAUAUGACGACUGAAUUGCUCUGUUCUUGGUCGAGUUCAGUAUGUAGUUAUUGGAGACACAGCGCCUCCUGCGCCGCUGAUGACAUCGACAUGUAUUCAGCUUCAGUUGUAGAUAGUGCCACAGUCUGCUGCUUGUGUGACCGCCAAGAUAUACCAAAAAAAUGUAACCCGUGCACGAUUUCCUAUCAGGCACAUCGCUCGCCCAAUCAGCAUCACAAUCCGGUGAUUUUCUCAUUAGCUUCUUAGGUAUAUACCAGCUUCAAGUCUUUAGUACGCUACAGAUUUCUAAAAAUUCUUUUUACCGCAGUCCAGUGUGCAGCUGUAGGGUUUUUGUUGAAUCUGCUCAGUGUAUUUACUGCAAAUGAUAUAUCCGGCCGGGUACUUUGAGCCCCAUACAGUGAGGAGCCAAUAGCUUGUUGGUAUGGACACUCAGAAAUUAUUUCAUCUGCCGUUUUACCACUAAAUUUAAUUCCAGUUUCAAAUGGAGUUUUCACUUAUGUACAAUCUGACAUUACUGACAUUGGCUUUUCGGUCCAAUAUCUUUCAUUUCAAAGCAUUCUUUUAGUUUUUCUUUGAAUAUAAUCUUUGUAUUCUGAAUUCAAUUAAAGUUUCCAGAGUCGGCUGGCCUGCUUGAGUCCAUAUAUAGACUUGUGUAGAAUGCAUACCUGAAAUCCCAGUUUAUAUUCUUCUGGAUUUUGCAUGUUAAUGUCUCUAUCAAUCUCUCCUUGUAGAAAAGCAGAUACAGCAUCUAUUUGGUCUAUUCCAAUCCAUAUCUGGCGGCUAAAGCAGAUAAGUAGCGAAUAGUUGUGUACCUAACAACUGGUUGGUAUAUUUCUUCGUAGUCUUUGCCCCAUCUUUGUGCAUAACCUAUCACUAGCCUAGCCUUGUAUCUCAGAACAUAUCCACUCAGGUCUGUUUUGUCUUAAACAACCACCCAGAGAGAUCUGUCAAAGUCCAUGUUUUAUUUUUCAUCAAGGAAAUAUAUUCCUCGUCCAUGGCUCUUUUCCAUUCAGUAGCUUGUGGUGAUGUGAGUGCUUCUUUUACAGUCUGUGGAUCUGUUAAAGCUUUAAACAAACUCAGUAGGUCUCAUUUUGUUUAUUCUGAGAUCGUUUUGACCUCAAGGUUACAUUACUAUUAUAAUCUUGUCUUACUGGACAUGGGGAAUGAUAAGUUUCAUCAAGUUCUCCAGUAUCAGUGUCAUACUCACUUGGGUCUUAACUAUUACUUAUUCGGAUCUCUACUGGACAUCACAGGUGCAGAUGUGGUCGACUCCUGAGUGUGUAUUUUCUGGCUGCCCGAGUUUGUGCUUUCUAUAGAGCCGGAGCUUGCAGCAGCUGAUUGUUUAGCUUUUACUAGAACAUAAGUUUUACAAUCGAUUGGUACACUGACAUUUUCAAUGAACUUUCCAUAAAAGAAACAUCUCUACUUUUCACAACUUUGUGUGACUUAGGAUCCAUAAAGCGAUAUCCUUUUGUGUUUUCGCAAAUAUCAUUUUUACUGACUUUUUAUCCCACUUUUGGAUUUUUUCUUUGGGCACAUAGACCAUAGCUGCAAAGCCAAAUAUUUUCAUGUCUGAUAAAUUGGGUUUCUCACAUUUCCAAAUUUCAUAUGGGUUUUUACCUUGUAAUGCCUUUGUCAGAGAACAAUAUAUGCAGCGGUUGCCAAAACUUCGGCCCAGUAGUUCUUUUCCAGGUUGGCAUAGAACAACAAGCACAUUGCUUGUUCUACUAGAGUCCAAUUCAAUAUUUGGGUCAUGCCAUUUUGUUAGGGAGUGUACGGAGUAGAGGUCUGAUGAAUUAGACCAUGAUUCGAUAAUAUUGUUGCAGUAUUCUCUACUAUUAUCUGUGCGAACCUUUUUUAUCUUGUGAUUCAAUUCAUUCUCUACUUUCAACUUAAAAUCUUUAAAUGUCUCUAAAAUAUUCAACUUGUCUUUGAAAAAAUAUACAUGAACCAUUCGUGUGAUCGUGUGAAGUCAUCAAUGUGAGUAAUAAAGUAUUUCAUACCUCCAAAUGUUGUAUUUCCCAAAGGGCCACACUAGUCGGAAUGUAUGAGCUCUAGUCGAUGGUUCAAUAAACGCUAACAAAGUCAUUGAAAAACGUCAGUCAGCAUUAUUAUCAUCUGCUGAAGUGUGUUAUCUACAAACAAUGUAAAACAUAAAACAGGUGACGUCGCCUGUUAACUAUCAUCUGGAGGUAUAACGCCGGUGUAAUGGUUUCAUGACUUUCUUAACAUAACAGCAUCUUUUUGAUAUAAAGCCACGAGUCCAUAAAUAUUAUUUAUAUUAUUUAUAUAUAUAUUAUUUAAAACAGCCAACAAACCCAAUGAACUACUAAUAUUUUUGUCUGUUAAUCAUUUUUUCGAAAAGCCAAUUUUUAUAGAAGUAAGAUAUUUUUUUCAUUAUCCUUCUCUGGUUGUUCUUCAUCUAUAGAAACAGACCACUAACGAGCUUUUUAAGAAUAAUAAUAAAAAAAGUCGUUUUCUCUAAACACUAGCGUUUCGAACAAGUGCUAAGAGACAAAUUUUAAAAAUGACGUAUUAAAUGAAAACUGAUUUAUUUAGAAUGUAUACAUUAGUUUGAGUGGUUUUGCGGAUUCCAAACGUGUAUUGUAAAUUUGUAUAAUUUGUAUUCAAAAGAUUACAUAAUGUUUAUUUCAUUCUGUUAACCCAAGAAUUAGUCCGGUCAAAUUAGAUAAAACAAUAAGAGUAAAGCUACAUAAAUUCCAAUCAGUCAGUAAAAUUGUUUAAAAUACAAUUUAUCAUAAAAAAUCUCAGACAAAAUUGUAGAUCAUGAAAUUAUUUACAAAAAACUAAUCAAUACUUUUUUUCCUACGGGCCACCGUUUCUGAGAUAUAACGAUUCAAAAAGUUGUCAAACUUGUAAUGUUUGAGAUUUACUGCCGUAUUCAAUGAUUGCACGAGAAAUACCAAAUAAUGAUUGAUAAUUUAUUUGAUGAACUCAUGACAGUUUCCACCAGUCAACAGAAAUUUCUUAUAAAUACUCACAACAAGUCUCGGUUCAUAGUUCGUCGAUCGUCGGUGUUGCAGGUUUUCUGCGGUUUCUCACUCUCUUUUCAUUCAGCCAAAACCAAAAAUAAAUAGGCAAACACAAUCCAACGCAACGACCACAAUCCCAGCUCUACAGAGGAGCUAUUCCUAUAUCAGGGUUCAUUUGGUGCAACAAUUAAAUACGACAACUUUUACAACUUUUUGAAUCAUUAUAUCACAGAAACAGUGGCUUGUAGGAAAAAAAGUAUGGAUACGUUUUUUGUGAAUAAUUUUAUGAUCUACAAUUUUUCUCUUAAGUAUUUUUAUGAUAAAACUCACCGUUUUGUUCAAAAUUCCGAAAAACUCAUAUUUUUGACCUUUAACCUUGAAUAAAAUUUUCUCCAUACCCGGAAAUGGUGGGGAACAUUCAAAUUCUAUGUUCAAUUGUAUUUUGAACAAUUUUACUAAUUUUCAGCUUGAUGAGAAUUUAUGUAACUGCGAAUGUCUAAAUUUACCGGAUUAAAUAUGAUAAUUCAUUUAUUGUCACACUUUUGCGGAAAAAUCUGACAUUUAUGCGGCCAGCUUGUAUGUUUUAUUAAAAAUCGAAUCAUGCUCGCUUUAAUUAUGUACAUAUUAACAAUACCUAUUGUAAAUUACUAAUUUUGUACAGUUUUGUAACUUAUGGC